CAAGGGUUUCAUUUCAGUCUUUGGAGACCCAGUCUGAGUGUCUGUCCCCAGAGCCUCAGUUCCUGCAGGACACCGACAUGGAACAGGGACUCACUGGGGGCUUUCACAUGGAAUCCCAAGAGGGUGGCUAUUGGUUUAUCGUAUUUUACAAGCCCAACAUCCUUUUAAAAACAUGGAUUAUUUGUUAUAUGUUGUCACUUAGACACAAAAUUGGCACUCAAUGAGUAGCUCUUAAUUAAAUGAAUCAAAAGAAUUACAAGAUACAAGAUACAUGAUCCCUGCUAUCAAAGAGUUUAUAAAUCAGGAUUUCCAAUUUCCAAGCCUGAUGGGAUCUCUCAGCUGGAACAAGAUCUACAGGUCUUUGAUCUGGAAACUAAGAAUAGAGAAGUCUUAAGAGAUGACUGCUCAGAUGGAGAAGCCAGAGAAGAGAACAAGCUGUUGAUUCCUAAGCAGAAAAUUUCAGAAGUUCAUUCAUACAAAAUGAGAGUAGGAAGACUCCAAAAGGAUAUCGCCCAAGUUCCUGAGACUAGAGAAGUAUAUAAACCUGAGGACAGAUUAGAAAGGCUUCAGGAAAUCCUAAGGAAAUUUCUAUUCCUGGAGAAAGAGUUUAGGCAAAUAACAAUCAGCAAGAAAACUUUCACCAGUGAGAAGAACAAUGAAUGUAAUGAACCUGAAAAAAGCUUCAGUCUGGAAUCUGUCCUUGAUACAGACCAGAGAGAUCUUAGAAUACAGAACAUUGAAGACAUUGAUAAGUAUGACAUUAGCCUCAACCAGAAUUCAGCUGCUGAGAAACAUGAACAAGUAAAUCUAACACAGGAUUUUCAGAGUAGUGAAUAUAAAGAAAGCUUAAUGGAUCUCUCCCACCUUAGUAAAUGUGAGAGCAUUCCCACCUCUGAGAAAUCCUAUAAAUGUGAUGCAUGUGAGAAAAUCUUCCAUCAGAGCUCAGCCCUUUCUAGACAUCAGAGAAUUCAUACUAGAGAAAAACCCUACAAAUGUAAAGAAUGUGAAAAAUCUUUCAGUCAGAGCUCAAGUCUUAGUCGACAUAAAAGAAUACAUAGUAGAGAAAAACCCUAUAAAUGUGAAGCGUCUGAUAAAUCCUGUGAAUUAUCUGAUAAGUCCUCUAGUCAGAGCUCAAGCAUAAUGAAGCAUAAAAGGAUUCACACCAGAGCAAAAUCUUAUAAAUGUAGCAAUUGUGAAAGAGUCUUCAGUCGUAGUGUACAUCUAACUCAACAUCAGAGAAUUCACAGAGAGAUGCCCUGUAAGUGUACUAUAGGUGGCAGUGACUUCUAUCAUACCUCAUACCUAGUUGAACAUCAGAAGGUUCACUGUGAAGAGAAAGCCUAUGAAUACAAUGAAUGUGGGAUGGCCUUUAUUAAGCAUCAAGGAAUUCGUCUCAGAGAAAAGCCCUAUACAUGUAAUGAAUGUGGAAAAGACUUCAGGUUGAAUUCCCAUCUUAUUCAGCAUCAAAGAAUUCACACAGGAGAGAAACCACAUGAAUGUAAUGAAUGUGGAAAAGCUUUCAGUCAAACCUCAUGCCUUAUUCAGCAUCACAAAAAUCAUAGAAAAGAUAAAUCCUCUGAGUGUAAUGAUUAUGAGGAAAAUUUUAAUCAUAGCUCAGAUGUUCUGCAACAAGAAGUCCUCACCAGAGAAGAAGCCUUUGAUUGUGAUGCAUGGGAAAAGAACCUCAUUCAGAGAGCACAACUUGUUCAGCAUCAAAUAAUUCAUACCAAAGAGAAACCUUAUGAAUGUAAUGAAGGUGGGAAGACAUUUAGUCAAGUUCAGGCCUCAUUCAACAUCUGAGAAUUCACUCCAGGGAGAAAUUGUGUGUACUGAAUGUGGUAAAAACCUUCAGUCAUAGCUCAACCUUUAUUCAGCAUUGGCGAAUCCAUACCAGAGAGAAACUCUCUGAAUGUGAUGAAUGUAGGAAAGUUUUUAGUGCUAAACUCUUAAUGCCUGUAAACCCAUACCAAUGAGAAAACCUGCGAAUAUAUUGAAUGUGGUAAAUGCUUCAUGUUAUGUUCAUUCCUUAGUCAUCAUUGGAGAAUUCACACAGGAAUAAUAUUCCAUCACUGUAAUGAAUGUGAAAAAGCCUUCUUCAAAGAAAUUACCUUGUUCAGCAUCAAAUUCAUUCCAUGCAGAAAGCCUAUGAAUGUAAUAAAUGUGUGUGUGUGUAUGAAGAUUCAGUCAUAUUUCAAUCCUCAUUCAACAUCAAAGAAUCCAUACCCAAGAGAAGCCAUUGACUAUAGGAGUUCAAGUCUUUUUCAUCAUCAGAAUAUCUACACCAGACCAGAAUCUGAUAUAAUUCAAAUGGAAAAAAUUUACUGCCAUAUUUCAGGCUUUACACAACAUUGAAAUAUUGGAGAGAAAAUUGUUGAUUAUUUGUAUAUGAAAUCGUUAAUAUAUAGUACCAGUCUUUUUCCCUUGCAGAAGAAUCUAGCCUAAGGAGUGACAUGGUGAAUGCAGUACUGUUUUCUCAUGGCAUUCUUUAAUAUAAUAGGUGUUGUAAGUAACUAUGUAUACUUUAUUUAUGGAAUUCGUUGAAGCUAUUUUUAUUUUAAUAUGGCUUAUAAACAUUUUUCCUGAAAUUGGUAUGUAACAUGCACAGCUUCCCUAAGAUAUUGUAAUUACACCAAUGUUAAAACAGCAGCAUCUGAAAGUAGCUCAUUUAGCCUUUUCUCCUGUUCUCAGCCCAAGUUCUCUCCAAAACAAACUGUUAGGCCUGCUCUUUUCUGGAGACCCUAUUUCCUGUUUGUUUCCAGCCACAACACUUGGAUUCCUGUUGAUUUCUCCAUUCUCUUAAGCGCCUUCAAAUGAUGAUUUCCUAGUUUUAAGCUUUACACCAGCAGGUAUGCCAUCUCUACUUGAUGUUGCUGUUCUGGUGUCUUCUUUCCCAAAAUGAAGCAUCUUCUUUUAAAAGAAUUGGAUUUCCACGUCCUGUUCACCUAUGAGUAUGAAGGAUUCUGCCUUCCCUGAGUUUAUGAUGGGCAGCUAAACAUUUUCAAGUGAUGCCCAAGUUCUUAGCUGCCUUGUUUGCAUCCAUAGCCCACUAAAAAAGAUGAUAAGGACAUCAGGGAGCCAAAAAGACUCCUUGUGGUGUAACUACAUUCAUUCGGCAUCUACUCUGCAUGUCUAAGUUUAGAAUUAUUUUAUAUACUUCCAUUGAAGGCCAGCAAAAUGCUCAGGUCUGCUUUUGAUAGGGCAAAACAUAAAGAACAUAUACUAAAAGAUGAGAGAGCUUCAUAAGGCAGAGGGCUCAGCCUUCCAAUAAAGAUAUUGCCUUUCUUAUGUAAUAUCUCUAAAGAGUAUUUCAAGAGAGUUGGAAAUUCUGUUCCUGGUAAAAUUUUAAUAAUUAAGAUUGCUUCUUUAUCUAUUUCCAUUGCCACCCCCAAUCUCCCCUCAACAAUCUAGGACAGUAUUUGAAGUGUGGGGGUGUUGUGUAUAGUUAUUUAUUCAUUAUCACAUUUUUUAUAUUUUAUUAGCGUCUACAGGCCAUAUAAAAGAACAUGAUUUUCUUGAUUGAUAAAAUGAUCACAGAUGUUGGCUCCAGAGUUCAGGGUCACCAUCAUAACACCUAGCAACAGCUUAUGAUUCUUUACAUGAUGUCAAAGCAUUUUAUUAUAUUUUUCCAUCUUAAGCUUCAUAAUAUUUUGUGAAUAAGACAAGUGUUAUUUAAAAUUCUAGUUGUCAUUCCAGCAAUUGAGGUCUUCAUAGUUCAGAUGUUAUAAUAUUCCACGAGGGAUCCUCAACAAAUAGAUAAAAAUGUUACUUACUUUAUAAGCAUUUUACGGCUAACCGCUAGGAUAGUUCUACCAGUAUAUUGUACCUCUUAGCCAUCAGCAAGCAUAGGAUCUAAUCAGGGCAAGGUAGGGAUCUAAAUGGAUUGAUCUAAAUGUAAAAUCAAAUGAAAAUGCAUGUUUUUUGUUUUGUUUUUUUCUGUCAAUGAAUGUGUAUACUUUUAUGUAUAGAGACCAAUAGUCACCUAUGGUGAUUAUGAAACAGAUGAUUAAGUAAUCCCUAAAUAGCAGAAUAUAUAAAAUCACAUGUAUGCAUUUGAUUUAGGAAUGUGCUUUUGUAUUUCCACUUGAAUAAAGGUGUGUUUGAUACUCUGAGAAUUUGUUUCAAAUAAAAUCUGAAGGCCUUAGCCAUAAACAUUUGGACAUUUGGGAAUCACCUUUCUGGCUGCAACUCAGUUUCUUCUAGAAACCUGUUUCAUAACAAGAGUAGAUCAUUCUCCUGCAUAUUGAUACACACCUGCUCUUUCACAGAACUCUUGAGGAAUAAGUGUGUGUUUAAAUAAAUAAAACACAUUUUAUGAAUUAGAAACCAAAUAUCCUUGAGUUCACUUUAAGCUUGCUGAUAUUUAAUUGGUCCAAUAUAAUAUGAGUUUGUGUUCUUAUUCUUUUUAGUCUUGAUGUUGGAGGGGGAAGAGAAGAAAUAUAAUAGUUGAGAGCCACCUAAUUUUAUCUUUAUCUGUCCACCCACCUACAUGUACAUGUGUGUAUGUUCAUAUUCAGACUUAAUUCUCACAUCUCUGCAAGGGAACUAGCUUCAUUUUACAGAGGAACUAAGGUAUAGAGAAGUUGAAGAACUUAUUAGGGUCACCACAGCAAGUUCAAAGUUAGGUGUGUUUGACUACAAAAUUUUCCACCAUCAUGAAGUUGGUAUUAGAUACCAACCAGAGAAGUUUUCUUUGAUCACCCUCAUUCUUGUUACACUCCAGUGAUUCACUAGUAUCAGUUUGCAACUGAUCCUAAAUGCUCCCAGAGCUCUCUGGAAUAUUAGAAGAAAAGAUCCCAGUAUCUUUUGGGAGUUAGUCAGAGAUGACCCCCCUCCCCCGAAAUAGGCUUAGACAAUUUUGACAAGAGGUCACAGAUCAAAGCUCCUGAAUUCCUAUCUCCUGCCAGGUCGCCACCACUCCUGUCACUGGAUUUACAUUUCCAUUUUUCAGUGCCCAAACAUGCUCUAAAUUUUGCUGCUAACUAGAACUUGCUGAUGGACAGGUAUUUUUACCAAGAUUUACUAUCACCUCUGGUUAUGUUAUAGCAGUGGAGCAAAGCAGUAUUCGGAAGAUCAAGUUUGAUUCCUAUGUUCUAGCUUGAGCAAAAGAGUAUCCAGAUAGAAGUAGACUGGAGAGAUAUGGGGUAUGCUGGAAGAGGAGCAAGGAGAACAUUUCAGGCAAGAGAGCAUGUCAGAAGGCCUACAGAUGAGAGUGUGACAUUUUCAUGGUAAUAAAUGAGCUCUCUGGAGAAAUGCCUCACCCAAGGUAUGAGGGUAAUUGAUGAAAUUUAAGAACGAAGUUCAAAAGAGACUCCUGGGGUAUCAUCUCAGUAAAGCAUAAUGGGAUUCCCACAACUACAAAUGUAACCUUAUCUACCCCUUCAUUCAGUAAUACAGUUGCCUGAUGCUAUGAUUUUCAGUGCUAGUCAAAGGAUACAGUUAACCUCAUCGAAUGAAACCAUCCAUUGAAUAAAGACAAAUUAGUUGUCAAAGCGAUAGCUUUGGAAUUAGACAUACCUAUGUUUGAAUAUUGCUGUUUACUAGCUGUGUGAUUUUGGAAAUUUUUCUUAGCUUCUCUAGUUUUCUUGUUUAUACAAUGUGGUUAAUAACAGCAUGAAAAUUAAAGAAAUAAUGUAAAAGGUACUGGUCAUAUAGUAGGUACCAGAAAGUUAUUAGUAUAAAUACUACUAUAAAAGCCAAUAAAAAUAGAAGACAGAUGUUUAGGUAGAAGAGAGAUACAAUGUAAAGAGAAUUAAUGAACAAGCAUUUAACAGUGCAGGACUAGUAUUGUCCAGGGUGGGAUGUUCUGAGUUUGGAGAACAUAAACAUGACCAGAGAAAACAUCAGGCAUCCUGGGCUGCCUACUGACAGGCACUCCUUGUUGGAGUCAGCAGACUGACAUCUGUGUCUUCCAAAAUUUGUACCAUAUGAGUUCAUAUUUUCAAAAUAUGAGUGCAUGAAAGAACUAUUGUUUAAUCCAAGACUAAGAGUGAUUUCAGUGAGAAAUCAGAUAGUGCCCUGUACAAAUCAACAAGAAAAUAAUGCUGGAAUUUUUUAUUUUCCUGAUGCAUCCUA